CUGUUUAAAUUCGCUGGUGUUGAUCCUGGACCAUCGUAAUAAUUUCUGUUUAAAUUCGCUGAUGUUGAUCCUGCACCAUCAUAAUAAUUUCUGUGUAAAUUCGCUGAUGUUGAUCCUGGACCAUCAUAAUAAUUUCUGUGUAAAUUCGGUGAUGUUGAUCCUGGACCAUCAUAAUAAUUUCUUUUUAAAUUCGCUAAUGUUGAUCCUGGACCACCAUCAUAAUAAUUUCUGUGUAAAUUUGCUGAUGUUCAUCCUGGACCAUCAUAAUAAUUUCUGUUUAAAUUCGGUGAUGUUGAUCCUGGACCAUCAUAAUCAUUUCUGUUUAAAUUCGGUGAUGUUGAUCCUGGACCAUCAUAAUCAUUUCUGAUUAAAUUCGGUGAUGUUGAUCCUGGACCAUCAUAAUCAUUUCUGUUUAAAUUCGCUGAUGUUGAUCCUGGACCAUCAUAAUCAUUUUUGUUUAAAUUCGCUGAUGUUGAUCCUGGACCAUCAUAAUCAUUUUUGUUUAAAUUCGGUGAUGUUGAUCCUGGACCAUCAUAAUCAUUUCUGUUUAAAUUCGCUGAUGUUGAUCCUGGACCAUCAUAAUCAUUUCUGUUUAAAUUCGCUGAUGUUGAUCCUGGACCAUCAAAAUAAUUUCAGUUUAAAUGCAUUGGGUUAGAGAACUUGUUAUACUUGUUGGAAUUAUAUUUGUUAACAGUUUUUUUCUCUUUCGUUGUUUACAGUGAUACUUUACAGUCGCAUCACAUAUGAUUUAUUAUGACUGAUCGCACUUUAGAGUCCUUAGUGGGCUGUAUUGGGCCUUACAGUCUUUCAGCUGGCCAUUUAAAAGCACUGUAUGAGCCAGGUUACAUUCCAGAUGUGGUAAUAGAUGCCCUCAUGUUUAUCAUCUGCAAGAAAUACCAGGAUGUGUACAGUAUUUGCACCCAGUCAAUGACGAAGAUUCUGUCCGGAUCACAGAGGGUCAAAAGUCACUACUUUUGCAAGAAAAACAUACUUAAAAGCUAUGAGAGAGUCAUUGGUGCUGUGCUGGAAAAUAAAAAUCACUGGACACUUUUUUUCUGUGACCUAACUAAACAAGAGGUCACAUACUUGGAUUCAUUUGGUGAGACAAAUGAAAAGAAAGAGAAGAUUCUUAAGAACUGGAGUUCUUUUGCCAAGGCAAAGGGAUGUAUCCUGGAGUGGAAAUGGAAUGAUGUGCCCCAUCCACGGCAGGACGACGGACAUUCUUGUGGAAUCCAUGUGCUAAUGUUUGCUCAGGCCCUGCUUGAUGGAAAAGGAUUUGUGGAUGGAUAUUCUUCUACUGAUAUUCCUCAGCUGAGGGCACAGCUCUGCUACACUCUAUUUUCCUCCUUGGAUAGAAGUAUGAAGUGCACAGUGUGCUGGGGUGUCCUAAUGAAAGACAAGGUGUGCUGUCAGAAAUGUGGUGCACACAGGCAUUCGAGAUGUCAGCAAAUACUCUGUGGCAUAUGUCUAAUCUGCAAUGGUGGCAAUUUUAUGUUGCAGCCUCUACAAAGUCAAGAAAGUAAGCAGACAGAGGGAAGCACAAGAGUAACCCCAGAUGAUCAGGAUCAACAGGGAGGAGAAAAAAAAAAAACUAACAAAACAGCCAAAGUGAAGGGGAAAAAAGGCCAAUCAAAGGGUAAAAAACGCAAGGCAGGGGAAUCUUUGAAGAGGGAAAAAGAGCAAGACAUCAAGGGAGACAGCGAGCCACAAACUUUUGACAAGGGAAGUGAUGCAGCUUGUGAAAGCGAGGAAGUAGAGGCAAUUGACAGUGGAGUUUGUUCUCUGAAUAACCACAGAGAGGGCAUUAAAGUUUUUGGACGCUUAGCCCUCACUGGCCAGAGAAAGGCCCAAUAUGUUGUUACAAAUGAAGAAAUUCAGCGCAGAAUAGAAGGGGAGAACAUGUCCUCUAAUGUAUUCAGAGAUCUGCUAGGAGGACGCAAGAAAAAUUUACCUGAAAUAGUCCUCACCCUUCCCAAGAAAGUGAAAACUAAGACCAGCAUUUUUAGUGCACUAACAGAGGGGGAGGCUACAGACCUAGCCACUGGGCUAACCAAAAGCCUUUGUCAAAAUGUUAGUCCACAGUUGGUACGCAAGGACAUAAGUUACCAGGAUGCAGAAAUAACAAGGACAGCUCUUGCUGCUGUACGUGCUAACUUGCAAUCAAGCCUGAACAAUACUUCACCCUUCAGUUUGUUAACCCACACAUUUGGUCCACAAGCAGUUGAUGUCUUGGGUUUCAUUAUAGAGAGUUUAAAAUGAAAUGUAGUAAGAGAAAAGUUUUACUAGCAGCAGCUUUCAGCCUUUUGUGAAUGUUCAUGUUUUGUUAAAUCAGUCAGUAGACUAUUGUUUUAAGUUUUACCUCUACUGAGUAUUUCUACUUUUCUAUAGUUAAUCUCUCUCUCUCUCUCUCUCUCUCUCGUUAAUUUUACAAAACCAGCCCAGUGUUAAGCUAAGUUUUACACCUAUGUAGUGUAAAGAAGUAAAUAAACAUGUUUUAUUGGAAAAUUUUCUUUAAACAGAAUCACUCAAGACCACCAUAAAUAAUUAGAAAUUAUUGUGAUAUUUAAUUGUAAU